GGAGGGGGAUGUCCUUACACAUCAGCAUUCACACAAAAUCAUCCAUGGCAAUAACAUACGAUUUCAUACACACACCAGCACACACAUGACCAUACACACAGUCUGCAUAGAGAAUACAUGGAGACAUGUCGGGGAAAUCCCUCACUCUUUCCAUGAUAGUUGAGUUUUUAUGGUACCAUAUCAAAUUACAAAUUGGAAAGAUAUUGAGUAAAAUAAAAGCAAUCACUCAGUCUACUAUAUUUAUCUCUCACAGCGUGCUGUAUCAUUAAAAUAAUCCAGCAAAAGAGAACAUUUAGUGCUCCCAAUAUUACGUGGUAAACAGAGCAUUACUCAUCUAGAUAAGACAGCCAUGCCUUGGUGGAGGCCACAUGUUGCAGUUUUACUCCGGAGCUAAAAUGUAAACACAGAAAGAGGCUUUUAGCAGUAAGCUGUCCACUGAAACUAACCUCCAGUGCCCUCAUAUUCACAUUCUCCAAAGUGCAUUUAUAUCCUCAAAUGCUUGUACUGAAAUGAACUGGAGCAGAUGAAUUACCAUGCUAACAAUAGAAGUGGCUAUAAUUCAGAUUUCAAAUAGAGAACGAAUUAAUUAGAGAGGCCUGAGUCUGAGGUUUGAGUCUGUUGUUGUGUGUUUGCAUUUUCUCUGCAGUUGCAUAUUUCAUAUUGCACAGUAACUUUUAAUAGCAACUACAAUAGCUGUUAUUACAUCAGCUGUGAUUAAUUUAGGGAUUAUUGCAGAAUCACUAAAUCCAGUGAAAAAAAUAUGAUGAUUGCCAAAGCUUCUCAUUUUGCCAUACACGGCCUGACCAGACCCUUCUCUCACAUGACUUGUUGUGGGCUAUAAAUGAGAGGCAAAGAUACAUUCUGUUCUUGUCUAAGAUUAGAGAAUGAAAUUCUGAUUGUCAGGAGCAGCGCAUGGUUAUGGGAUGAGAUGUGGGUUACACUGUCAAGCCAGCUGAUGGACAGACUAGAUGUCUGGCCUCUUCCUUUCCCUGGAUGAAUCCUAAAGGAGCUUACACUCUAAUAUCCUGAUGGGAAAAGGGUUUGCUUUAAGCUUGCCGUGCACGACUGAUCACAACGAGGAUACUGUGAGAGUUGGUGGUAAAUCACAUCAUAAUGCCUCUCAAAAAAAGCGUCCUUUUUACCCCCAACCUGUUGGGUGCUAUUAUCUUGAAAGCACCUGAGUGGGUUUUUUCCAGUUUUUUUGAGGACAGUAUUUUUUUUGCAUAUGAUAUCUGUAAGCAGAGGGGAUGCAGAACAGUGAAUAAAGUGGAUGCGAGGAAAGCAGAAAAUCUUGGGAAGCCUUGAACUCUUUCGGUUUUUGGAGCGACUGGUGUGCACUUGACGCUGGAAGCUGUUUUGUCUGCUGAAAAUACUAGUUAAACAAAAAAAUGAUUCCCACUAAGAUGCUAGUGUACAGGGGGCCCGAUGGAGGCACACACUCUCAGGCGAUUUCUAAUACAAGGAGGCGCAAGAAGUCGACCGGGGAGCUCUUUCAGAAUGGCUACAGGGUCAGGAUGGGCCACGGACAGGUCAGCGACAAAGAGGACCAGGACAGCUUCUGCCACAGCCUGGGCUCAUGUCUGCAUGUAAUCUCCUACUGGGGCUUGAGGUUUUUAAGGGCCUUAAGACUGAUACAGUUCUCAGAAAUUUUACAGUUUUUGAAUAUUCUAAAAACAAGCAACUCAAUAAAGCUGGUGAACUUAUGUUCAAUCUUCAUAAGCACAUGGCUAACAGCAGCAGGCUUCAUACAUUUGGUGGAAAACUCAGGGGACCCUUGGGAAAACUUCCAAAAUUCCCAAGCACUUUCCUAUUGGGAAUGUGUCUACUUACUCAUGGUUACUAUGUCCACUGUCGGCUAUGGAGACGUUUAUGCAAAAACCACCCUGGGCCGCCUUUUCAUGGUCUUCUUCAUCCUUGGUGGUUUGGCCAUGUUUGCUCGCUACGUGCCAGAAAUUGCUGCUCUCAUCCUUAAUCGGAAGAAAUACGGAGGGAGUUAUAACUCGACCAGAGGCAGAAAGCACAUCGUGGUCUGUGGUCAUAUAACACUUGAGAGUGUGUCCAACUUUCUAAAAGACUUCCUACACAAGGACAGGGAUGAUGUCAAUGUAGAAAUUGUUUUUCUCCAUAAUAUUUCCCCUAAUCUUGAGCUGGAAGCCUUGUUUAAGCGCCACUUCACCCAGGUGGAGUUUUACCAAGGGUCUGUCCUGAACCCACACGAUCUGGCCAGAGUCAAGAUUGAAUCAGCAGACGCCUGUUUGAUCCUGGCCAAUAAAUACUGUGCAGACCCUGAUGCUGAAGAUGCAUCCAACAUCAUGAGGGUAAUAUCUAUCAAGAACUACCAUCCAAAGAUCAGAAUAAUCACCCAGAUGUUGCAGUACCACAACAAGGCUCACCUUUUGAACAUCCCGAGCUGGAACUGGAAGGAGGGCGACGAUGCCAUUUGCCUCGCUGAGCUGAAGCUGGGCUUCAUCGCCCAGAGCUGCCUGGCUCAGGGCCUCUCUACCAUGCUGGCCAACCUUUUUUCCAUGAGGUCCUUCAUCAAGAUUGAGGAGGAUACAUGGCAGAAGUAUUAUCUAGAGGGAGUAGCCAAUGAAAUGUACACUGAGUACCUGUCUAGUGCCUUCGUGGGCUUGUCCUUCCCUGUAAUUUGCGAACUCUGCUAUGUGAAGCUAAAGCUACUACUGAUAGCUAUAGAGUACAAGUCUGAUCAAAGGGAGAGCAGCACCCUGAUAAACCCUGGGAACCAUGUGAAAAUGCAGGAGGGAACUUUGGGCUUCUUCAUUGCCAGCGAUGCCAAAGAGGUGAAGAGGGCAUUGUUUUACUGUAAAGCCUGCCACGAUGACAUAACUGAUCCCAAAAGGAUAAAGAAAUGUGGAUGCAAGAAAUCCAAGACGUCCACCUACAAGAGAAUGAAACUGGCAUGUUGUUUUGAUUGCGGCCGUUCAGAGCGCGACUGCUCUUGCAUGCCAGUUAAUGUGCAUUGUAACACGGACACCCCUCAGCGCGACAUUCCACUCUCUGCUGUCUCUGUUAAUGAUUGCUCGGCCACUUUACGUGCCUCUAAAAAUAGCUAUAAUGGAUAUAUCAAAUCAAUCGAAGAGGAACAGCAGUCAGCGCUGUCGCCAAAAAAAAAGCAACGCAAUGGAGGCAUGAGAAACUCUCCAAACUCCUCACCCAAGAUGAUGAGGCAUGACCCUCUACUCAUUCCGGGGAAUGAACAGAUUGAGAGCAUGGAUGUGAACGUAAAGAAAUAUGACUCCACGGGGAUGUUUCACUGGUGCCCGUCCAAAGACAUCGAGAAGGUCAUCUUGACCCGAAGUGAAGCUGCCAUGACGGUUCUGAGUGGCCAUGUGGUCGUGUGCAUAUUUGGGGAUGUGAAAUCGGCGUUGAUUGGUCUCCGAAAUCUCGUCAUGCCUCUGAGAGCGAGCAACUUUCACUACCAUGAACUUAAGCCCAUUGUGUUUGUCGGCUCCCUUGAGUAUCUGAAAAGGGAGUGGGAGACUCUUCACAAUUUUCCAAAGGUCUCCAUUCUUCCUGGCACACCGUUGAGUCGGGCAGAUCUGAGGGCUGUCAACAUCAACCUCUGCGACAUGUGUGUCAUCCUGUCAGCCAAUCAGAACAAUAUUGACGAUGCGUCACUGCAGGACAAAGAAUGCAUCUUGGCAUCACUCAACAUCAAGUCCAUGCAGUUUGACGACAGCAUCGGGGUCUUGCAGGCUAAUUCCCAAGGCUUCACGCCACCAGGGAUGGAUAGAUCCUCCCCUGAGAACAGUCCAGUUCAUGGAUUAGUGAGGCAGACCUCUGUCACAACUGGAGCAAAUAUUCCCAUCAUCACAGAACUAGCACCAUUAGCAAAACCAGGCAAAAUACUGCCUGUGAUUUCAUUCAGUCAGGAUAAAAGCAGUGGGACCAGCAUACAAAUGAUAACAGAGCUGGUCAAUGACUCCAAUGUUCAAUUCCUGGACCAAGAUGAUGAUGAUGACCCAGACACAGAGUUAUACCUCACUCAGCCUUUUGCCUGUGGGACGGCCUUUGCAGUCAGUGUGCUGGAUUCGUUAAUGAGUGCUACAUACUUCAAUGAUAAUAUCCUCACCCUGAUCCGGACACUGGUAACAGGCGGGGCGACACCGGAGCUGGAGGGGCUGCUGGCAGAGGAGAAUGCGUUGCGGGGCGGCUACAGCACGCCACAGACCCUGGCAAACAGGGACAGGUGUCGUGUUGCACAGCUGGCCCUGUACGACGGGCCCUUCGCCGACCUGGGGGAUGGUGGCUGUUAUGGCGACCUGUUCUGUAAAGCAUUGAAAACCUACAACAUGCUGUGCUUUGGCAUCUACCGAUUACGAGAUGCACAUCUAAACACACAAAGCCAGUGUACCAAACGGUAUGUCAUAACCAAUCCACCGUAUGCAUUCGAGCUGGUGCCCUCAGACCUAAUAUUCUGCCUGAUGCAGUUCGACCACAACGCCGGCCAGUCUCGAACCAGCCUCUCCCACUCCUCCCAUUCAUCCCAUUCCUCCAGCAAAAAGAGCUCCUCCGUCCACUCUAUCCCAACCACCAACCGCACCAACCGAGCCAAAAGCAGGGACUCACGAGACAAACAAAAAAAAGACAUGGUUUACAGAUGAGCCAGAGAAUACCCACCUGAGGACCAUACAGAUCAAGCCUGUGAAUAGCCUCACCGCCAACCAAGUCAAUCAGUAUAAAUCCACAAGCAACUUGAUUCCACCCAUCAGAGAAGUAGAGGAUGAGUGCUGAACUCCAGACCGCUGCCGACACUUGGACUCUUGGACUCUCAGCAGACUCAUGCUGAAGGUGUUAGGACUGGAACCGGGAUAUUUUCUCAUCUGCAAUCAUUAAGCAAAGGAUCAAAUAUCAGUGACAUGAUGGGACAAACACUUUCCAUAUCCAUCUGUAAAGUUGUUGAACCACAGUAAGCUUAUGAGCAUAUUUAGGAUCAUAGGUGAAACAUACAUGGAGACAAUCAUCAAUCACACAACCAUUAGUUUGCACAGCUCAGCUUUAGUGGUGACCAGACUCCAUGACUUUUUUCCAUUUUGGGGAAUGAGGGUCACAUGGAGGAGAACAGCAAUGUAACUAUCAUUACAAAUAAGAGGUAAUUAUUAUGAUUAAUGGAUCAAGUUUUGCGAUUGUAAGCGUUGCCUUUUUAGCUGUCAAUGAACAACUACUGCAUAUAUUUUACCCGGUGUUGCAGAGUUCUUCUGUACAGUAUGUUCAAAUGUGUAUUUUACAUCCAGCUGCAAUCCCACCACAAUGGCAUUGUUAGUGACUGACUCUCAGUGAUUCCUUUGCCAUUAGGAGCUAAUUCACAACAUUUGUGACCGUUAAGAUGGCCGGCGUCCAUGUCAACAUGGCGCUCGGCUCCAGCCUUAUCUCUCCAUUUAUUUUUGUCUUAUCUUUGCCUUUCAAAAUUAUGUUUGUUAUAAAUGUUUUCAAAUUGUUGUUUGGUUGCAAUGUCCAAAAUUCCCCAGAAAUCUUACUGAGUUUGAAAAAGACUAUUAAUCUCAAGCUUUUAGAAAUACUCAAAGUUUCUCCAGGGGUUAAAAAGCUUUGCUAGGAAAUUUUCAGCUGAAAAUGUAAAUAGCCAAAUAUGAUAGAGCUGUUUUGAUGGAGAUAUUACGAUGCUAUAAAACAGUUAAAUUCAGUAAUAACAGUAGCAGAGCUGUUAAUGUACUGAGACGGCAUAGGCAGCAGAGCCAAACGCCGUGAUAUAGCAUCAUACCAUAACUCUGUAGGUGAGUCGAAACAAUGUGAAAGCCACAUAUCGCAUGAAGUGGGCACCUCUGAGUCCUCCUCUGGCUGUAAGCACUGCCUGACACAGGAUUGUCUUGGAGGCCAUCACGUGCUUGUAUGUACUCCAUGACCAAUCUUAAUGCCAUAAUCAGCCAUGUUCAUGCUUUUUUUAAGAUACUCCAAAAAACAGCUCUAUCAUAAAGAGUUCUUUUGGCUAUUUCUAUUGUACGUUCUGCCAGCCUCUGUUCUGUUGACAUCGGCUUUAGAUAAACCAACCUGGUGAUCAGUCACAUAUCUCACAUCCACAUCCCAAACAAUUUAUGCACCUCUGUUGAGGCACCCAUUAUUUAUGUUUAGGUUUUUAAGCAAAUGAGAGCAACAGAAUGCUUAGCCAAGAGCGGAAAUAAAUCUUGUCUUAUUGGAAUAAUAGAGUGUUGCUGUAUUGGUGCUGUUGUCACUUUGUCUUCAGGAGUGAUGAAGGGAGAGUCACGGGAAGUAGCACACAAUCUAGAAAAUUACUAAUUCACAGAAGAUGCUUCAAAGUGUAGCAUAGGGGCCACGUUUGAUGUAAAAAGAGCAAGGGUAUGACAUUUUUACUGGCACAGAAGUCAUCUAAGCCCUCCAUCCCUCAGUGCCAGUAAUGUGCCAGGCAGUGCCGAGGCCAAAGGAGGACUCCAGAAGACCCACUGCUGCGAAAAGAGGCUUGUAUUGUAGCUGCAUUUAAGAAAAAUGUUACUUUUGCAGUGAGACUCAGAAAUGUACUUUCCUCUUUACUUUUCCAUCUUGCCAGCUCAGAGUCCAUACUUCAAAAAAUAGUCUUUGAAUCUUUUUUUCAGCUGCAAAAAAAAAAUAUUUACAGGCAAUGUAACUCCCUGGACAUGACUAGAACUAGUAAAUAAUUUGAUCAAAAGUCUUAAAUUCAUUUUUAAAUUAAUAAUAGGAGAGCCUAAUAGCAAAUCUCAUUUGCUGACAUACUUUAUGUACUCUUUAAAUGAAUCUGUAAAGUUUUCUGUAAAAUAUUUCUUUCUAGUGUAUACUUGUUUGACAGAUAGCACCUGUGGGAUUAAGAGGCGUUUGGCAUUGCAGUCUAGUUUGUAUUAUUUUGUGCUUUUUUUUUAGCACAUCGACUUGUGGAUACAACGACAGUGCUAAGUUAAUAUUUCUGACUAUGUCAUAAUACCCAAUAAUAAAUACAGUAUAUUGUCUUGUACAAAUAGGGUUGUAAAUAACUUGUACAUGAUUUCAUUUUGUAUUUUCACAAAUUAAAGCUGAUGUAUUGUGUUCUACA